GGUGCAGAAGGUGAGGGCAUACUGUGGCAACCUUGGACCGCUCGGUGGUGGGGGCCCCUGUCUGAUGGGUGAAAUAAAGAUAGCACUGGAGUAGGAAGUCGCAUCAUAUUUGUCCGGGACAGACAAUAGGGCAUCGCUGACCUGGGCAGACUGCUGGAUGAGCUGGGGGACUGGCUCGCUGGGACGAAUCGGUGUAGAGGGUCCUCUGCUAGUUGGAGCUGAAUCCUCUCGGGUAUUGUCGAAGGUAGUGGAGAACAUGGAGGACCUCAACUAUUACCGUACCCAGUUGAGCUAGCUGGUCAUGGUGUUGACGGAGUAGGUGUUCCUAUACGUCUACCAUCUGGGAGAUAUCCUUAACUUCUGCUGCUUUCAAAUUUUCGUGAGGCAGUAUUCUGUAUUGUAAACACAAGGAGUCAGGAAGCAGGUGCAGAAGGGGGAGAGUGUGGAUGUUCGUGCAUUGAGGGCCAGGUUCCAUGCCAAGGCUGACAUGGCAGGUAGUCGAGACAGCACUUCUCCAAAACCUCCACUGCGAGGAUUUGGGAGAGGAGGCCCGAGGUUGGCAGACGUCAGUGUUACAGCAAACGGAGGGGUCCGAAAUAAACUCAUGCUUAUGGUUCCCACACCACCACUUCCUGGAUCAAGCUACUCCCCGGACCUUCAGAGGCUACCACCACGACAUGUAAGGGCUGAACUGGAGGGCAUGUCCACCAGCCCCGAGCCUCAUAGUGUCUUCCACCACCUUCCAACACCACACCGACCCCACAGAGCCGCCAAGGAGCUAUCCCUACCAGCACCCCCACCGACAAACAUAGACCCACAAGGCAGGGUGAGAGUCACUGCGGAGCUUCUGCAGAACAUGAUGCUGAAGCAUAAGGGAGUACACCCCGGCCCCACCAAGCCGACGCCCCCCUCCCUGCCCAGCCAGAGACAUUUUACAGGGGUGACCCCCUUGAGAAGGGCCCUGCCCCCUGAGGCUCCCAGCCCCAUAAAACCCAGACGGCCCCCUCACAUCAACCUGCAGGCCCAUCGGAGAAGCACCAGGGCACCACACCUCGCAGGGCAACCAGGGUUAAGGAAGACUGACGGUGGCAGUAGUCAGUCUCUCCCAGGGCUAGUCAGUUCCUCUGGCCCCCCAAGACUUCCAACCAAGCCCAGCAGCCUUCCACGGCAGUGUACCCCAGUACAUUUCGAGGAUGACCAGGGGGGAUAUGACGACGUAGGCCUUGAUGUGAAACCACCUCCCCCGCCCCUAAAUCACCCAGGGAGCUGGGACAAGAGUGACUCCUGGAAUGACAAUAGUUCUUCACGAGUAGAUGAGGGGAGCGAUGGAAGUGAUGUCUAUAAAGGCAAUGAACAGGAGGUGAAAAACACAAGUUCUGAUAAGAAGAAACAGAAAGAGUUGAGGUGGCAGCAAGAGCAGGAGAAGAGAAAUCAAAAGAAAAGACUGGAAAGGGACAACAAAUACAGAAAGAAAUUUAAGCUGGGUACUGGGGACAUAGAUGUCCUUCACAUGGGCAGGGUUCGACACGACUGGCAGGGGGGAAAGCAUGAUCUAAGUGUUCGGCAGGGAAACAGAGUGGAGAUCAUACGGGUUAAGAACAACCCCGAUGGCAGGUGGCUAGCCCGCACACAGACUGGCACCUAUGGUUACAUCAUUAGCACGUGUGUGGAUGUGGAUUAUGAGGAAGUGAAACGUAAACUCAAACUGUCCAGAGCGCCUGACCCCUCACUGCCACCACCACCACCUUCUGUCCGUUCUGAAGACAAUGACAUCUAUUAUGAUGUUGACUCCUCAGGAAACAUGAACAGGUUGCUCUCCCACACACAAAUAUGCAAAUGCACCUCCACCCCCCCACACACACACACACAGAGAGAUGACUAUGAUGAUGUGCAAGGAACAUCCAAUAACUUCCUCCCUCCACCUCUUGUAAAUUAGGUAUUUGGCAUUUGAAUUUAAUAGAAAAAAUAUGUACUUUUCAGAUACACAGGAGGGUUAGUCAAUGCCUUUCUCAGUCUGUGGUUUUUCUGAGUGUGGUGUUGCUUUGAUAGCUUGCCACAUUUGGCCUGUAAGUUUACCUAAAACAUGAAAAUGGAAGUUUGUAUACAGUUUAGCUUGUAUGUCUGUUGCAUAGAGCAUGCAUUGCACUGAAUAUAAGUAAAGUAGUUGCUAAUGGCUACAAAGAAGAAAUAAGAGAUAAAGUUGGCUACUGAAAUAGGACAAAAACAACUUUUUGUGAUCACACAAAAGGAUGUGUGUCUUUAUGUUCCAGUCUAGAUCCAGUAAUGAGACAGAUGCUGGAGAAAGACGAAAAGGAAUUUAGAAAAAAGUUUAAGGUACAUAUCUGAUUAGGCUACUGGGCUAUGUAUGGUCGUAGUACAGCCAAAGAUACUGGUAACUAACUAAAAGGUUUCCUCUUUUGUCUGUAGUGCAGCCUAAUAAUCAAUAAGAGAUUCUAGAUACAUUUUUCUAGCAUGUGUCAUUAUUCUAAUUGUUGCCUCAUUUUCUUUCUCUCACGGAUGGAUAUGUGCCCAGGGUUCUUCUACAGGCGUAGGUUUCUUAUAGAUUUAUUUAACACAAUUAUUUGGUCGAUUAUGAAUCCAGAAUCCCUGGUAUUCAGUCACUGGUAUCCUGUUUUGCUGUUGACAACUGUGUCAUAAUAUUCUGGUUAAUACUGUUUUCAAUAUUCCUUUUGAGGGAAGGGGAUGAUGUUUAUGACGAUGUCGAUCAUAUCACCGGUAUGUUAUUACAUUUUACUCUGGUUUCUUGAAAGGGUGCUACGCAGGAACAAUUACUGUAAAUCAAGCUAGUGGAGAGACUACGACGUCAUUGUCCUGGCCGGCCCGAAUCCCUAGACAUGUUUUGUAUACUCAGUGAAUAUGCUUAGUAGGAAAAGCGCAAGACGAUUUAACCCAUUUCCUGGCCGCCUUACAGAUAUUUAUGACAACGACAAUGUCUAUAAUGACACAAUCCACUGAAGCCCUGUUCCUUUCCUGACCAAUGUGAAUCACCAAUACUGGACUAACAGUAAUGCUCGUCUUCGAUGGAAACACACACUCACUCCCUAAGAAUUAAAAGAACAAUCGUGGCAUGAAUGUUGUUUGCGGCAAUUUGAAAACUAUACUCUAUGCUUUGUUCAUGGCUGAGAUUCUUGAGAUUAUUUGUUGAAAAAUAAAUACUUUUUUUGUGAAUA